GUGAGUACAAGAGACACGUGAGGCUCUGCUACGUCAUCACUGGCCCGCGCAGGAAACAUGGCGGCAGCGGGUGUUGUAAGCGGGAAGAUUAUAUAUGAACAGGAAGGGGUCUAUAUUCACUCCUCUUGUGGAAAGACCAGUGAUCAAGACAGCUUGAUUUCAGGAAUAUUACGUGUUUUAGAAAAGGAUGCUGAAGUGAUAGUGGAUUGGAGACCAUUGGAUGACGCGUUAGAUUCUUCUAGUAUUCUCUAUGCUGGAAAGGACUCCAGUUCAGUUGUAGAAUGGACCCAGGCCCCAAAAGAAAGAGCUCAUCGAGGACCGGAACAUGUGAACAGUUAUGAAGCAGAGUGGGACAUGGUUAAUACAGUUUCAUUUAAAAAGAAACCACAUACCAGUGGAGAUACUCCAAGUCAUAGAAAUGGGAAAAGCAAAUGGUCAUUCCUGUUCAGUUUGACAGACCUGAAAUCAAUCAAGCAAAGCAAAGAGGGUAUGGGCUGGUCAUAUUUGGUAUUCUGUCUAAAGGAUGACGUCGUUCUCCCCGCUCUGCACUUUCAUCAAGGAGACAGCAAACUACUGAUUGACUCUCUUGAAAAAUACGUGGUAUUGUGUGAAUCUCCACAGGAUAAAAGAACACUUCUUGUGAAUUAUCAGAAUAAGAGUCUUUCACAGUCUUUUGAAAAUCUUCUUGAUGAACCAGCAUAUGGUUUAAUACAAGCAGGACUGCUAGACAGAAGAAAGCUGUUGUGGGCCAUUCACCAAUGGCAAAAAAUUAAAAAGGAUCCUUAUACCGCAACUAUGGUAGGAUUUUCGAAAGUUACAAACUACAUUUUUGAUAGUUUGAGAGGCAGCGAUCCCUCUACACAUCAACGACCACCUUCAGAAAUGGCAGAUUUUCUUAGCGAUGCUAUUCCAGGUUUAAAGAUAAAUCAACAAGAAGAACCAGGAUUUGAAGUCAUCACAAGAAUUGAUUUGGGAGAACGACCUGUUGUUCAAAGGAGAGAGCCAGUAUCAGUGGAAGAAUGGACUAAGAAUAUUGAUUCUGAAGGAAGAAUUUUAAAUGUAGAUAAUAUGAAGCAGAUGAUAUUUAGAGGGGGACUGAGUCAUGCAUUGAGAAAGCAAGCAUGGAAAUUUCUUCUGGGUUACUUUCCUUGGGACAGUACCAAGGAGGAAAGAACUCAACUACAAAAACAAAAAACUGAUGAAUACUUCAGGAUGAAACUACAGUGGAAAUCUGUCAGCGAGGAACAAGAGAAGAGAAAUUCGAGAUUAAGAGAUUAUAGAAGUCUUAUUGAAAAAGAUGUUAACAGAACAGAUCGAACAAACAAGUUUUAUGAAGGCCAAGAUAAUCCAGGGCUGAUUUUGCUUCAUGACAUUUUGAUGACCUACUGUAUGUAUGACUUUGAUUUAGGAUAUGUGCAAGGAAUGAGUGACUUACUUUCCCCUCUUUUAUUUGUGAUGGAAAAUGAGGUGGAUGCCUUUUGGUGCUUUGCCUCCUAUAUGGACCAAAUGCAUCAAAAUUUUGAAGAACAAAUGCAAGGCAUGAAGACCCAGCUAAUUCAACUAAGUACCUUACUUCGCUUGUUGGACAGUGGAUUUUGCAAUUACUUAGAAUCUCAGGACUCUGGAUACCUUUAUUUUUGCUUCAGAUGGCUUUUAAUCAGAUUUAAAAGGGAAUUUAGUUUUCUAGAUAUUCUUCGAUUAUGGGAGGUAAUGUGGACUGAACUACCAUGUAAAAAUUUCCAUCUUCUUCUCUGUUGUGCUAUUCUGGAAUCUGAAAAGCAGCAAAUAAUGGAAAAGCGUUAUGGCUUUAAUGAAAUACUUAAGCAUAUCAAUGAAUUAUCCAUGAAAAUUGAUGUGGAAGAUAUACUAUGCAAGGCAGAAGCAAUUUCUCUACAGAUGGUAAAAUGCAAGGAAUUGCCACAAGCAGUUUGUGAGAUCCUGGGGCUUCAGAGCAAUGAAGUCACAACUCCAGAUUCGGACAUCGGCGAAGACGAGAAUGUUGGCGGGGCUAGUUGCCCCCCGUCUGCAUUUCAGAGCACCUCCUUGCCUGCGCGUGCUGCCAGUGGAGCCAGAGAUGACAGCCCCCCACAGAUCCCAGUUACCCCCAGUGUUAGCAGAUUAACACCUGCAUGAUCCUUCUUAUUGUUUAAUUUUUGAAGAGACACUUGGUGGCAACUUUUUUCCUGUACUUGAAAGAUGGAAAUUUAAAAUCUUGGUAAUGAUCAUGCUUUAAAGUUUAUGGGAAGAAAGUGUACUGAUGUUAUUGCAUUAAAGCUUUACAAAGAUUUACACUAAUUAUUUUUGUAGUUACUUCUACCAAAUAGCCUUUCUUUUUCAAUAACAUUCCUUAGUAUUUUUAUAGCCGAGUACAUUUUAUUUUCUUGCUGGUGAACUGGAAUUGGAUAAAUAUUACAAGUGGAUGAGUUGGAAAUUAUGCACUUUGAAAACAUUCACUUUGUUUACUCAAAGUUUAGUGGGUUUGGAUUUGAUUAAAUGAAAUGGUAAGCCUUGCUAUGGCAUCCUAAGCGGAGAAGUAGAUUGCUACCCAGUAACAAAAUAAAAGAAUCUGUUUUUCUCCAUUGUUUACAACAGUACUCAGCUUAAAUAUUUAUGCUGGUUGAAUGUGGUUUAAAUUGGACAUUUUCAUCAAUGCAAUUUAAUGUGUAAAGAGCUGUUUCAACCAUAGUAAGCGGAUUGGCAGUGUAUUUUUUACAUUGAACUUCUCUUGUAUGUAAAGACUGUGUAAGUACUUAUUUAUGAGUAUAAGGAAGGACAGGCAUAUUUUCUUUAACUGAAUAAACUUGACUAUUGAUUUAUAUAACCUGAUUUGACAAAAUUAAUACAUAGCUUCAAUAUAAGAUCUUUUUCGAAACUAUUUUCUUAUCUAAGCAUUUAUUUCAUGAAACUACAUUCAACCCUUUACAUGGCGUAAUUUUGAAAUUGCUUGUAUCCUCACUUUACUAAUAAUGUUUAUUAUCUUUCCUAAUAAUGUAUUAACUAAUCAGGUCUUUAAAUUUUUAUAAAAUACUCUGCAAAAUGCUUGUCAAAAAACUCAGUAUACUCUAUCAUAAGUCUCAAGACAGUGUUCUUUUGUAUAUGAACAAAACUGUUGUUUUUACCAUGCAGUGUUGCAUGAUUUUAAGUUAUGUGGAAUUAGCGUAACUGAUUCCAUUUUAAUUGUAACUUGUUAAUUCCUGUACAUAUCAUUAAAAUAAAUUUGCAAUUAAAGUAGUGUUUUCAGUUAAAUUAUACUUAGAUAUAAUCUGCUAGUUCUUCAUUAGGAGAAAAUAAAUUCAAGAUGGGUCCAGUAAAUUUCAUAUUUUUAUAUGAUUAAAACAGUUGUUUGAAUGAGUUGUGGAAAGGGGAAAGAAAAAUUACUCCUUUUAUAACUGAAAAAAAAAAUUCACCGGCAUGAAAUUGGGCAUAGUAUUGCCACGUAGGACAGAAUUAUGUGACACAGUAAAGCAACUUCCUACAAUUGAUGUUAAUAAUAUAAAAUGUGACGCAGUUCUAAUGGUCUAAUAGAUACAUCUCCCCCCCAGAAAGCUAGGGAACCAAAUGAAAUUUUUUUCCUUCUUAGGCAUUGACUGACAGUCAUGGCAGUAGAACCGUUAGAUGUUGGUUUUUAAUAUCAUAUGUAUUAUCUUUCAUCAGUUAAUAAUGAGUAAGCUUAUUCAGAAGAAAGAAGUAAACUGAUCAAAAACUCAGCGUCUCCAGCCUUUCAUUUCCUGCCAUUCAGGAAAUUGCUUAGAACAUCUUGAUGUCCUCCUUGUUCGUCGUAGACAGGGGCAUUUUGGACGCCUGUUCCCACUACAUAAUGUGGUACCUACUUCAGAGCUUUAAAAAAUCUUAAUAUAGUUAAUAAGUUGAACUUCUGUCAAGUUUUAUUAUAAAACUACUUUGAAACAUUUUUACUGAACCGCCUGAAUUUAUAUGUAGCACAUUUUUGAUAUGGAAGUGAUAAUACAGUGCUAGAUAUUUUUUAUUAAAGUAUAGUCAACAUUCAAAAUGUUAUUAGUUUCAGGAGCACAACAUAGUGAUCUAACAUUUAUAUACCUUACAAAAUGAUCUCAAUAAGUCUAGUACCCACCUGUCACUGUACAAAGUUACUAUGAUCUUAUAGACUAUGUUUUCCAUGCUAUGCAUUACCUCCCUGUGACUUACAACUGCAAGUUUUUUCCUCUUACACCCCUUCACCUUUGUGGCCUUUCCCUCCAUCCCCCUCCCCUCUGGCAAUCAUCAGUUUGUUCUCUAUGAGUCUGUUUUGUUUUUUAUAUUCCACAUGUUAAGUAAAAUCAUACUGUAUUUGU